GCGCGGUAGGUGGUUUGCGGGGAAGUGUUACGGUAAAAAUUGGCAUGGCUGACUAGUUCUGUAACUGAAAUAUGUAUAAUAAUCUAAUUAUAUAUUUUAUUGUUCUUCAAGACAUUGGGUUACCAUUUAAUUCAAAUUUAGGAUAUAAAUUAAUUUAACUUUUGAUAAUUCUGCAGAUCUCUUGAAUGAAAAAUAAAAGGAAUAAACAAGGAAUGUAGUUCAAUAUUCAAACAACACAGUUAAUUGAAAUUUAUGAUGUGAAGAAGGUUAAGCGAAUUAAUUAAUAUAUAAAUAUGUCGUUUUUCAAUAACAUAAAGAAAGUGCUUCACAUCGGUGGCAACGAUGCGAAAAAGAAAAAAGUGUACAACAAUGUGCGAAUGGAUUGUGACCCAGAGGAGUUCUGGGAAAUGAUCGGAGAAUUGGGGGAUGGGGCCUAUGGAAAAGUAUACAAAGCCCAACAGAAGCAGUCAGGCCAACUAGCCGCUGCCAAAAUGUGUCGGUUAGAAGGUGACGAUGAUUUAUCAGACUUUAUGAUUGAAAUAGACAUUUUGACGGAGUGUAUACAUCCUAAUAUAGUGCAGUUACAUGAAGCAUUCCUGAAAGAACAACAGUUAUGGUUGUUGAUAGAGUAUUGUGACGGUGGAGCCAUCGAUAGUAUAAUGACGGAAUUGGAAAAACCUUUGAAUGAAAAGCAGAUUGCAUACGUGUGCCAAAAUAUGUGUGAAGGUUUACAGUUUUUACAUAAAUCCCAUAUCAUUCACAGAGACUUAAAGGCUGGAAAUGUCUUACUGACUAUGGCUGGAGGUGUCAAAAUUGCCGAUUUUGGGGUGUCAGCGAAGAACAAGAGCACCCUCCAGAAGCACGACACUUUCAUCGGCACGCCCUACUGGAUGGCCCCAGAAGUUGUGAUGUGCGAGACAUUCCGUGACAAUCCCUACGACUACAAGGUGGACAUCUGGUCCAUGGGCAUCACGCUCAUAGAGUUCGCGCAGAUGGAACCGCCCAACCACGAGAUGUCGCCCAUGCGGGUGCUUCUGAAGAUACAGAAGAGCGAUCCGCCCAAGCUGAAAUACCCGACCAAUUGGUCGAAGGAUUUCAACGAUUUCGUGGCCAAGGCGCUGAUCAAGGACCCGCAGAAGAGGCCGACGUGCGAGGAUCUGUUGAAACAUCCCUUCAUAAAUUGCAGGUUGGACGCCAAGCCGAUCAAAGAUCUGUUGUUGGAGUACAAGGCCGAAGUAGUGGAGGAAGAAGUGACCGACGAUGAUCCUGACGACAACCGGGCCUCCCAACUUCCUCUGGUAUUGGAAGAUGAUGCAUCGGUGAGGUUGAGGGCUGACAGUAUCAACCAGAAAGUUCCAGAAGUUCGUUCUGUAGAACCGAUUCCAACCGGAGAUAAACCGGCGAAACCUGCAUCUGAAGCUUCAUCGGCUGAAGCAAUCCAACCAGCACCAGAAAAGAAACAGGUCAAAAAAGAUGAAGAGCCGAGGAGGCUAUCGAGGGACAAAGGACCGGCCCCGUUGCCGCCUCUACCCAAGGAAUCGCCUCAGGAACCCAAGGCGGAGAAGGAGAGCGCCCCUCCUCCGCCACCCCCGCCUCCAAUCGUGAUACCUGCUUUACCUACGCCUCCGUCCUCCCCCAUGACCCCUCCCCCAACCCCGCCCAACGAAGCGUUGCCGCAGCAACCUUUGCCGGGCGCUGCGCCGGCGGCCGAAAGGAUAGAGGAGCAGGCGCAGCCGCAGCCGCCCGAUCAGUUGGAGAUAGAAGACGUUGCCAAUAUCCCGCUGCCUCCAAGCCUGUCCGGCGACAAGAUCGACGCUACCGUCGGCGGAUCGCCCAAGGGUGACUUCCAGAGGAGGCCGUCUUCGGAUAGCGCCAAGGUCAGGAAGGCGGACACGGUCACGGUGAACAGCACGGCGUCGUCCGUGAAGAGUUUCGAGGUCGUUUCACCUUCGGAAAAGAGCCGGAUGAACACGUCUACGAUAACGAUCAAUUCGGAUCCGCCGGAUCUUUCCAACAGUCUGGCUUCCAAUAUAAGUCAGAUUACUGUAGUUACAACCCAUCCGCCUGUGAUAAUAGACAAUACUCAGUGUAUAUCCAGAACAUCGACGUCGCCGAGCAACAACAGCGUGAGCGAGGUAGUCAUAGUUGCCAACGAGACCAACAAGACCCACAUCGAGUCGUCGUCGGACGACGAAUGCUUCCCCUCUCUCGACUCCCUGGAGUACCCUCCUCCUAGUGAAUUCCGCGACAACGGCGCCAUCUCCAGGGCGAAGAAACUCGACGAGAGCGAGGUCCUGAUCGUGGACAGCAGUUACCUGAUAAACGAUUCGGGCCUGGACGUGUCGGAGGACAACUCUCGUCUCUUGGACACCAGUCACGUGUCCGUUGUCAAGAUUGACGAGAAGGAGGUGCAGGUGAAGGAUUCCAAGUCGUACAUGGAGGCCAAGGAUGGGUUCCAGGGGUCCACCAGCGACCUCUCCAACACGUCCUCAGGAAAGACGAACAGCACAAAGAGCGACUACAGCGACGAGAUCCGCAGCACGUCCAUCAUACUCGACGGUUCCCCCUCCACCCCGACCAGCACCCACAAGCUGAACGGUCAGGUGGUGCGUUCGGCCAGCCAGGACGAGGUGAGGAAGAAGAACAGCCUGAACGGCAAGCUCUAUCACCAGGACACGUAUGAGAUAGCGCUGUCGGACAAAUCUCAUAGCGACUCGGGAUCGUUGAGGAGCAACGAUUCGCACAGGCGGCCUAUAUCAGGCGCCAGCAAGAGCAUAGAGCAGUCGGAUAUUGAGAGCGUGUCCAUCGCCAGCCACGAGAGCAAAGAGAGCAACAACAAGGACGGUGCUACCGAGGGAGAGGACGGAGAAGAAGGUUUGGUCGUACUCCGCAAGAGAACCCCGAAGACGAAAGAGUCGACGCUGAGCAAUUUCAACAGAAAAACCAGGAAAAGGACGCGAAAAUUCGUCAUAGACGGCGUCGUCAUAACGACGACCACGAGCAAGGUCAUAUAUGGCGACGAGGAGACGUACAACUUCUCCAAUCCGCUGACGGACAGGAAGCAGGAGCUCAGGGAACUGAAGUACCUGCAGAAGCAGGAACAGAAGCAGUUCCAGGACCUGGCGCUGAAGGAGAACCAGGCCAUCGAGGCGCAGGACAAGAAGUUCGAGCAGGAACGGUUGUCCCUGGAGAAGCAGUACGAGGCCGAACUGGAGAAUCUCAGCAGGCAGCAGCGGAUUCAGAUCGAGAAGGCCGAGGCCCAGCAGGACACCGACCUGAGGAACGCCUCGAAGAAGAUCAGGGCGGACCAAGAGAGGGAGCUGAAACAGUUCAGGGACGGCCUGAAGCAGGAACUGAAGCUGCUGAAGGCGGAGAUCGAGAUGUUACCGAAGGAAAGUCGAAAAAUGGAGUUUAAGAUACGUAAAGAAAAAAUAGACGCCGAGCACGCCGAAAGAGAGAAACUAUUCUUGGAGAAGCUGCACGAAAGCCACGAGUCAUCCUUGAGGAGACUGAGCGAUUCGCAUCGGGAAAGAAUUGCUCUUACAGAGAGGCAAUUCCUUCAACAGAAGCAACAAUUGAUCCGGUCUCAGGAGGCUGCAUUGUGGGAGAUAGAAGAAAAGCAGAUACACGAGAAACAUCAGCUAAUGAAGAGGCAGAUCAAGGAAAUUUUCAUUCUACAAAGGCACCAGAUGUUGACGAGGCACGAGAAAGAGAAGGAACAGAUCAAGCGAAGGGCGGCCCGCAAAGAGGAGGAACUGCUCAAGAAGCAGGCGACCGAGAGGAGGUCCCUGCCUAAGAGGAUACGUAACGAGAUGAAGGCCAGGGAACUGAUGUUCAGGGAAUCGAUGAGGAUUUCCGUCUCCAACGCGGAUCCGGAAGUCGAAAAGAACAAAUUCAAAGAGUUCCAGGAGAAGGAGAAGAAGCGGUAUCAGGCGGAACAGCAGAGGUUCGAGCUGAAGCACGCCAGACAGCUGGAGGAGCUGAGGGCGAUGAGCGACGCCACCAUCAAGGAGCUGGAACAGCUCCAGAACGAGAAACGGAAGAUGUUGCUGGAGCACGAGACGCAGAAGCUGAAACAGAGGGAGGAGGCCUUCAGCAAGGAGCUGAGGGAGUGGAAGGCUCAGUUGAAACCAAGAAAAUUGAAAUUGGAGGAGACGUUCAGUCAACAAAUGGAAGAGCAAGAACGGGUGUUCGGUCCAGUGGGUCCCAUUAGCUACCCGCAUGAUUUCACCGAGAACAGUCAAGAAUCUAGAUUUAACAAUAUGGGCUCCACCAGGAGCAGUCUGUCUUCUAUGUCGGAAGGCUAUUAGUCCAGUUCUUUUGUAUAAAAUGCUGUGCCUCUGGUUGAUCGAAGUGUACAUAAUUACAUAUACAGACUGAGUAAUAUAAAAUAUUUAAAAGAGAGGUUUAUAUAUAUAUAUAUUAUGAGUAAAUAUUAUACAUACGUUAUAAUAGGCUAAGUAUGUACUGAAUCACCGCAAAAUCAGUUUUUCGAUUAGCAGACUGAUUGAUGUUCUGUCAGAGGGUGUCUUUAGUGAUUUUAUCGAUAUGCAAUUGAGAAUUGAUCAUUUUCAUGAGACGACCUAGAAUUGUUCCAAUUAUACCGUAUAAAAUUUUCAAAAAUCCCUCAUAAAGACAUCCUCCUUAUACAUAGGUAGAUAAAUGAAUUUUCCACCAUUAAUUUUAUAGUUAUAUACCGUUAGAUGUAUUUUUCCAGUGGUUCAACAAUUUCGCAAAAAAAGGUUUAUAAUGCCUAUAGUCGAUGGAAUCUGAGAGCGACAUUCCGACAUUGUUACCUCUUCAUGUUCGAUGUUAUCUUGAUGCUUUUAUUGAAUGAAAAUGCCUCGCAUUUUUCACAUCCAUGAUCCUCGGUUCAAGUUAGAACAGGACAAAAAAUUAUCACCUAGCUAGCUCGUCAUGAUUUUCUUAAGCGGCUUUUGCUACAGGACUUCCUGGGGGGUUAGACGGUGUUGGAUUUUUUGUCAUGUGACUUCUUGUCCCUGAGGAUGUAGAUAGAGACGAAACUUCGCGAGCUUUUCCUGAUUUUAUCUAGAGAAAACUUUUGGCUCUUAGGUUUCUUUUAUAAUGCUUCUAUCGACCUAACCAGUCGUAUCGUCUUAUUUGGGCUUAGUUAGUCCGAUUCUGAAGGUUGCCAUAUUUUAUUAUUAUUCUUACGAAUUUGUUGUUGAAAUUCAAUUCGAGCGACUACGUUUCCGAGUAUUAGAUCUGCAAAUAUUUAGAGAAUUCUGUCCAUUAAUCUAUAUAUAAAAGUUUGAUGCGAUCUGUAACAUAACAUUUUGUUUUUUUUUGUGAACUACUUACUAAUUUUUGUUUUAUUUAUACAUAUCCUGAAAAACAAUUAAAAUUUACAAGGUC